UUUCUCAUCAACAUAUAUAUUUUAUUAAAAUUAUUUAACAAAUAUUGAAAAUAUAUACAAAAAUAUUAUUAUGUCGUUUCAUUUCACAUUUAAAUAUUACGCUAAUAGAAUAAUGUAGAAUUAUUUUAAAAUAUUUUAAAAAAGUUUAAAGAUGGCGAGUACUGAUUUCAUAUCAAAGGUUUGUUCAAUUGACGGGAAUAAUUUCUGCGCCGAUUGCGGCAGCAGAGCCCCUAGAUGGGCCAGUGUAAAUUUAGGAGUGCUCCUUUGUAUUAACUGCUCUGGCAUUCAUAGGACUCUCGGAGUACAUCUGUCACAAGUCAAAUCACUAACCUUAGAUAAUCUAAAACCUGACUGGAUUAAGUCAUUAUUGAGUAUCGGAAAUAAUGUGGCAAAUGCCUACUAUUUGUACAAGUUACCUCCUGAGGUAUCAAGGUACUACGCCUCAGCCUCUCCAAGUGAUAUGGAAAUUUGGAUUAGAAACAAAUAUGAAAAGAAGCUUUACGCCAUGGAUGGCCUAGACGAACCAUUUAUACUACUCUCCAAAGGAUACAACCCGAGAGAAUCUGUGUUAAACAGGACACUGCAUAACCAGCCGGUUCCUCAAUACAAACAUAGUCCGAAACAACCAGUCGCGGAUUUACUGAGUAUCGACGAAACCUUCGGAACGCGUUCCAACUACGAACAGAUAAAAUCCAACCUAAACGACGGUCUAAAUCCAUCCUAUGUUGAUGAUUUCAACCCUUUUUCAAUAGAUAACACCCAGAGGACGAAUGAUAUUUUUUGGCCUAAUGAUAACCAGACACGUUCAUACAAGGAUGAGCCCAGAGAAACACUUGGAGUUCCAGAUAUUCCCGAGCCUGAGGACUCUGACAAGAUACGAGACGCUAAAAUCGACGCGGCCAAAAACUCCAUCGCCAAACUUUUCCAAAACCCAACCCAAAUCGGAUUCAAAAAUAGUUCCUACAACUCCAUAGUAAGCCACUCCCUUUCACCUACACAAUACAAUAUUAAAAACCGAAUUGUGUAUCUGGAGACGGAUUGGACUUUGACAGCACUAACCUGAAGGAUAACUUACAGAGUUUAAACAGGAAUUUGUAAUCUUUAAUGUAAAUUUAUAUUUAAA